UUGUCUGUUGAGAGUUGGAUCUGUUGCAAGCUUCAAAUGUUAAACCGGCCAUGUUCUCCGAUUCCAAUUUUCUUGUUCAGAAGAUAAUAAACAACAUGUCAAGCUCUUCAAUAUUUGCCAUAGUAAAAUGGAGGAAGUUGUUCAAAGGAAUGCCUCUGUUAGUUCCACAUCUUAAUUUGGGAAAAUUGGCUAAAGAAAGCGAGCAAUUUGGUUACCGCCAGUGAUAAAAAGGAAGAAAGAAGGUGAGGAGAAGAAAAUGUCACAAGAGGAGAUGCUUUUAGAAGCUGCUCAAACAGAAAUUAUGAACUUGCGGAAUUUGGAGCGAGUUUUAGCUAGAGAGGAAGAAGUUAAGAGGAGAGCAAUUGUGCAUAAAACUGUCUAUAAUGGUCCACAGAUACAUUACGUUUCAAAAAAUGGUUGUUCGUAUUUGGAGUUUACUAAAGGGGCGUCAUUUCACCCAGAUAUUGCCACAACAUCUCAAGAAUAUCCAGAACAACCUGUUUGCGUGAUUACUGGUUUGCCUGCCAAGUAUCGUGAUCCAAAGACUGGGCUGCCAUACGCUACAAAAGAGGCUUUUAAAAUAAUUCGACAACGCAUUGCGGAUGAAAGUGCCAACUCUAGAAAGGAGACAUUUAUGGAAGGCUUAUAUGAUUCAGUUUCUGGAUAUGGUUUUCCAACCAAGCAAAAGAGAUCGAAAACGCGAGACAAAAAUAUACAUCCACAUGAUCGUUCCUUGGCUCGUUUUCGUAGAAUUCCUACUUUUGAUGAUGAAGAUUCUGACUAACUGCCUUUGGUGAUUUUUUUCCUCCUAUUUUAAGUUAGUCUUCUUUUAUUGUUCACCCUCUUGUAAUGAAAAUGCAUGAAUCAUGUUUUUAAUCUUAGUGCCAAAUCAUGAAAAGAAGUCAUGGCUGUGCUUCGUCGUGAUCUGGACCUCAGGUUGGGAUAAUAGUAGAAAUAGAGUGUGACGCUCAUUUCAAUAUUAGCAAAGUAAUCUUCGGUCUCCUGUGGUAUGUAUUUUUAAAAUUGACCCUGGUCAUUUUUUUAAAGGGAGAAUUCACUACACAUGAGUAAGAUACAUAAUAUGUCAAAACUUGCUAUUGCUGAAGUAUAGGAAUAUAACUUUGAGGUUCAAGGAUAGUAGACUGAAAUUUGUGGUUUUAGAACUAUGUUUGGAUGUCUAAUGAUGAGUUGAGACCAGGUACAAAAGCAAUUAGGUCUUUUUCCGUUAGCCGGGGAUGGGUAUGUAAAUCAAUUGCGCCAUAAACUCCUGUAUAUAUUUGGUUCAAAGACAGAUUUUUUAACUUCUAAUCUU